UAUUAGCUUGCACACACACAGAGAAAUUCAUUCAGCAAAGUUCAUUCAUAAAAAUUUCAACACUCUGCAUCAUUCUGCACAUCUCAGCCUUCUGCUGCCGACGGGUUCCUGAAAGAAGCUCUGAGCCGACUCCAGGAGGGAGGGAAGCUCAGAGCUAGGGUGGGCAGGCAGGGAGGGGAGCUGAGGAAUACGGAGGGAUCGCGAGUCCAUGAAAUAAUGCGGAGCGCCGCGGGUCACUAGUACUUCUGGCUUGUGGCCCGGACGGGAUGCGAGACAAGAUCUUCCAAGAGAGGGCAGCCAUCAGAAUCAACGAACUCAGGUUGAGGGCGCCUUCGCCUCUCCUAGACAUCUUCUCUUUUUCCUUUUUUUAAAUGAACAAUCACUGGAACAAAUAAAGGGUUAAUAGGCCAGUCAUUGCCCCGCCCUGUGAGAGCCGGAGGGAGCAGGUUUGAAAGUUCCUGUGUGCGGAAGGGAAGGCUGGGGGUGGGGGGCGCUAAAUAUUUCUGCAAGGCUCCCGCACAGCUCGCUGGCGAUGCGGCGGGACGGGCUGGCCGGUGUUCGGCCCGAUUCCGUGCCUGAGAGUUGGCCGUGAGCGAUCCCCGCCACCGCGGGCCUGGGUCCAGGCGUUCCCAGCAAGGAAUCCAAGGCGAGAACACCGAGUGCUGCCGCUGGGGCCAGGGAGGGACUGAAAUCAGCCGGGGAGUUGUUUUCCCCCGGGCUGUCACCCAGAAGGGCCCGGCAGCCGAGGUGGGCGAGGGACAGUGCAGAGUUGGAGAGGUGGCUGCCGCGAGUUGCAUGGGGCAUUGAGGCAUUCGCUUUCCGUUCCGUUUAUCUAGCAGACGACGAGGCGAUUUAUGCAACAGUAUCCUGUUUCAGCACUGCCAAGGCUAUGCGAAAACGCGGUCAGGACAGCCUGGCAGGACUUGUGCUGUAUGUAGGACUCUUCGGGCACCCCGGCAUGCUGCACAGGGCCAAGUACAGCCGCUUUCGGAAUGAGUCCAUCACGUCCUUGGACGAAAGCAGCCCCGCAGGCUCCGUGGGGAACAAGGGCUCGCCUCAGCCUCCCUACCCCACCCUGGCACCUCACCUGCCGGCUGCUGAAGAUGCCACCUUGGCGUCCCAGGAGAGCCCCACCCCACUGUGCACCUUGAUCCCUCGCAUGGCCAGCGUGAAGCUGGCCAACCCGGCCACCUUGCUGAGUCUGAAAAACUUUUGCUUGGGUACCAAAGAGGUGCCCCGGCUGAAGCUCCAGGAAAGCCAGGACCCAGCUCCCAGCAGCCCGGCUUCCCCUGAGACCGGUCUAAAUAGGGCUGGGUCCGCACCUCCACCACAGCCAGACCUGGUGGGGCACAGGGCGACUGUCUUAACUCCCGAUGCCUGCCCCCUUCCUGGCCCUGGGGAGCCAACCCCAGGGAGCAGGCAGGACAGGCACUUUCUACAGCACCUGUUGGGGAUGGGCAUGAACUACUAUGUGAGGUACAUGGGCUGUAUUGAAGUACUGCAGUCAAUGAGGUCACUGGAUUUUGGAAUGAGAACCCAAGUUACAAGGGAAGCAAUAAGUCGCCUGUGUGAAGCUGUCUCUGGGGCAAAUGGAGCCAUUAAAAAGCGAAAGCCUCCGGUUAAGUUCCUAUCAACAGUUCUUGGCAAAAGUAAUCUUCAGUUUUCGGGAAUGAACAUUAAAUUGACCAUCUCAACAUGCAGUCUCACAUUGAUGAAUAUUGACAACCAACAGAUUAUUGCAAAUCAUCAUAUGCAGUCUAUUUCAUUUGCCUCUGGAGGGGAUCCUGAUACUACGGACUAUGUUGCCUAUGUAGCUAAAGAUCCAGUUAAUCAACGAGCCUGUCACAUACUGGAAUGCCGCAGUGGGAUGGCCCAAGAUGUCAUAAGCACCAUAGGGCAGGCUUUUGAACUCCGGUUUAAACAGUAUUUGAAAAAUCCUUCUUUGAAUACUUCUUUUGAAAGUGAGGAGGUGCCCAGUGAUGGUCCCAGCGAGGAGAGAGAAGACCCUGAGUACUACAAUGAAAUCCCAGGGAAGCAGCCACCUGCGGGGGGCGUUUCCGACGUGCGGCUCAAAGUCCAAGCCACAGAACACAUGGCUUACUGCCCCAUUCGGUGUGAGAAGUUGUGCUAUUUGCCUGGGAACUCCAAGGGUAGCAGUGUGUACGAGAACUGUUUAGAACAAAGCCGAGCAAUAGGUAAUGCACCAGAGAGAGGAGUGCAAUCCCAUCGAGAUUCCUCAUUAAUGAAGCAAACAUGUCGAGUGGAUUUCUUCAAUGACCCCUGCUACAUAAAUACACAGGCUCUUCAAAGUAGACUUGGCUCUGCCCCAAAUCAAGGCUCAGCUCACCCCCUGGGGAGCCCAUGGCACCGUGAAAAAGCACCAGAAACUGUUCAGCCAGGUGCCACAGCCCAGCCUGCCAGCUCACAUUCUUUGCCACACAUUAAGCAGCAGCUGCGGAAUGAAGACUGCUACCAUGGCAAGCUGAGCAGGAAGGCAGCAGAGAGCCUGUUGGUAAAGGAUGGGGACUUCCUGGUUCGAGAGAGUGUAACAUCUCCUGGCCAGUAUGUGCUAAGUGGACUACAGGGAGGCCAGGCAAAGCAUCUUCUCCUGGUGGAUCCCGAAGGCAAGGUAAGGACCAAGGAUCAUGUGUUUGAUAAUGUCGGCCAUCUUAUCAGAUACCACAUGGAUAACAGUUUGCCGAUCAUUUCAUCUGGAAGCGAAGUAAGCCUUAAACAACCAGUGAGAAAAGAAAAUAAUCCAUGACUUUUGCAUUCCAACAAGUGACCAUUUGGAAGUACCAUCACACUGAUAUUUCAAGAAAGUGGUGUUAGGACACAAAGAUAAUCCAAACCUGGUUUAUAGACAAACUAGAGCACAAACUGUGAAGUACAUUUUUCCAAGACCAUCAUGGACUCUGUCCUUUAUAAGACAAAGAACUAACAAAGAUCAAUCUUCAGAAAGUGAAAAUCAGAAAAGGAGAAGAGGAUUGGUCCCUUUGAAAAGAAAUUAUACAUAUGCACGGAUGUCACUUUUUAAGGCCAUAUUGCAUUGAUAGCAAGCUAAAAGCACAAUUAAAAUUUCCCAUGUUAAAGACUCCUUGGAUGAACUGCUGGGGCAGUGGUAUGUGCCUUUCAACUUGAUAAUUUGGGGACAUUUUCAUAUUGGGGAGAUUAGUUCUAAGUGUCUUCAUAUUCUCUAACUAUAGAACUAUUUGCCAAAAGAAGUUUUUCCUUGUUACAAAAAUAAGAAGUAAUUUGCUUGAUAGUUACUGACUUUAUUACAUUUUCGGUUUAGUAGCACUUUCACUGCAAUGUUAAAAUAAAUUUGUCAUUGAAUUUGGACUCUGUCUAUGCCAGUAGAGUCAAAGCAAAAGUCACUGAAAGCAUUGGUCUGUUUCACUGGCCUGUCCCAUUUACUACUUAAAGGGUUGGAGCCUAAAUUCUUUGGCCUAGUAUUUCUCAAUCUUUGCUAUUCGGAUGGUUUGUAUGCAGCAUAGCAUAAGCUGAAGAGAGGCCAAAUCUAUCAGUCAUUUCUAUUUCAUCAUAUUUAUCCCUCUUUCCUCCCCCUCUCCCUUCCCCUACACACAGAGGAAGCUUGUGAACGCAUGGAUUUAAAACAUGGCAGACAAACCCAUGUUCUUCAUAUUCAACAUUCAAAUUGGUUUCAUUCUUAUUUAAAAUACUGAUUUUAUUUGAAAGUAUCAGGAAAUAUCCUCUUGAUUGGCUGUGACUGAAUCAUAGUCUUUCACCUGUAUCCUGAGCAUCUUUUCUAGAUAUGAUCAGACAAAAUGCAGAAGGGGGAAAACAUAUUGAAUGAAACGUCUGGAAAGUUUUGUCACAUGUAGUUACACUGGUAAACUGAUGGUGUAAUUAGUGUUGCGUAGAGAAAAAUGCAAGCUAGGUCUCUUGAUAUGACCUUGAGCCAGCUGCUGAGCCUACCUGGACUCCAGUUUCCUUAUCUAUGAAAUAAGGGACUUGGGCUAGGUGAAUUCAGAGGUGCAUCUCAGCCCUAAGAUAAGAUGAGUUUACAAAAAGCAAGUUUUCCAUUUAUUAGGGGUCAGUAUUGAUAAUCAGUUUGUAAAAGGAAGGUGAAAAUGAGCUUUUUCCUUUAGUCUGUACCUGUACUCACAGAAUGAAGGGCACAACUGAAACCAACAUUCAGGUAGCAGAGACCCCGAGCCUUUCCAUCACAAACACAGACACACUGGCGCGCUCUCAGCAGUGACAGUGGAAGUGGAUUCGGUUGUUUGGAGUAGCAGGAAGUGGCUUCAGUCUUUUCCCAGCCUUUGCAUAGAGUGGCUUGGCCAUUGCUUUAGGAUGCUUUUUUAUCCUGAGUAAUCUGGACAGUUGCCUUAACCCCACUUCAUUUUGGCCAUGUAGAUACAACUUAAUCUUUGUAAUUGUGAUAUAUUUGCUAAGUUUUAAGUAAAAGACAAGAAAUUUUUGGAGGGUAGAAAUCAUCAGACAUCAAGGAACACUGAACUGUAAUAUUUCCUCUAUAAAGGUUUAUGAUUUUCUCCUACUUCUGGUGUCACUGAUUGCUUAGGUAGGUUUGUUUCCUUUUACACAGUAAGGAAAUAAUGGCUCUUUCAUCAGUUUUAUAUAUACCUUGGUUCUUGAUGAUCUGUCCCCACAAAAAGGGGUCAGCAUGAGUAUAGAUAGUAGAAACUUGUGGGUGAUCUAGUCACCUGGCAGAGACAGAGCAGGGUUGUGGUCUCAAGAUUGGUUGAGCAGAGUGUUAAUGGGAUUGCAGGAAAAAGUUCUUGAUAGAAACAGAUGCAGAGAGUGUAAAUGAUACGAGCAGUACAUGAAUCCUGGCACAGAAUGAACCGGUACAUAGAUAAUCAGUAUUUGACUGUAAUGUUAUAGUAGUUAGGUAAGCAAAUACUGCACUUACAAGUACCACAGACACAGUUAAAACAAAAUGAAACAAUAGAAGAAAUAUUUGAUUGCAUGCUAUUUUAAUGACACAUGCUUAUCUUCAUCUGUUUUAAAGUGGAAAUCCAUUUGUCUCUAAAUACCUGUAAAUGAUUUUUCAAAAAAAAAAAAUAAAUGAUCAUUGCUUUG